GUUCAUACCCCCACCCCCUCUUUAAUCCAUAAGCUUCUGUUGCUUUCUCCGACCAAAAACACCUCCCAUCCCACCCCUAAUAUUUAAAAUUAAACACAUACUAGCACCACAUCACCACCACCAUCACGCGAAGCCAUUGUUUUUCCCUGACCCAUCGCUCUCUCCCACGUGUCCCUCCUUCAGGGAUCCACAUCAACGUGCCCGGCACCGAAUAUUCAUAUCCCCACCCGAAACCCCAGAAAACAUACAUACAUCAUCAUUCUGAUCUUCCUUUCUCUCUCCCUUCUCUCUCUCCCUCUCUGUCUCUCUAAAAUCAUCAAAACAAUUUUCUCAAUCCACGCCGUGUUAUUAGCUUCUCAUCUUCUUCUUCUUCUUCUUUUUUUUUUUUUCAUUUACCUUAAUCGAUUCUUACAACUGUAUCCAAACAACCCGCUUCUCUUCCCUUUCUCGGGAAAAUCCCCUCGUUAUCUCUCGAGAAACUGCUGGUUGGGGUUAGGGAUUUUCAAUCAACAGUUCGAUUAAAUUUUAGUUUAAUCGAAUUAAAAUAAUAUAAUAAUAAUGAGCUUUCAAGAUCUGGAGGCAGGGCGACCCUUGGCAUCUUCAAGGAGAGAACUGAUCAACGGGAAACAAGAUGCCACGCAAGCGGUUGCUUCUGGAAUCUUCCAGAUCAAUACCGCCGUUUCCACUUUUCAGCGUCUUGUUAAUACCCUCGGGACUCCUAAAGACACGCCUGAGCUCCGGGAGAAGCUGCAUAGAACAAGGCUGCAUAUUGGGCAAUUGGUGAAGGAUACUUCAGCCAGACUUAAACAAGCUAGCGAAACAGAUCAUUAUGCUGGAGUCAGUCAAAGCAAAAAGAUUGCUGACGCUAAAUUAGCAAAAGAUUUUCAAGCAGUCUUGAAAGAAUUUCAGAAGGCUCAGCGGCUUGCAGCUGAGAGGGAAACUGCAUACGCUCCUUUUGUUCCCCAAGCAGUCCUUCCUUCCAGCUACACAGCCAGCGAGGUAAAUGUAAGUUCCGAUAAAAGUCCAGAGCAGCGCGCCCUCCUUGUGGAGUCGAGAAGACAGGAGGUCCUACUACUGGACAAUGAGAUUGUCUUCAAUGAGGCUAUUAUUGAAGAGAGAGAACAGGGAAUACAUGAAAUUCAGCAGCAAAUUGGUGAGGUUAAUGAGAUUUUUAAAGACCUCGCUGUCCUUGUCCAUGAACAAGGAGCUAUGAUUGAUGAUAUAGGCUCCCAUAUCGAAAGUGCCCAGGCUGCAACAUCACAGGGAACAUCCCAACUCGUGAAAGCUGCAAAGACUCAAAGAUCAAAUUCAUCUCUGGCCUGCUUGCUCAUGGUGAUAUUCGGGAUUGUGAUUCUCAUUGUGAUCGUAGUACUUGCAGCCUAAUCCAAAAAAAAUCUUUAUAGAAUCCUUGAACUGUUUCAAGAGCUGCUUGGCAACAAGAUAGUAAUGUCUCUGCUAGUUCCUUGGUUAUGUUCUUUAACAAGACAUGGUGACUGACUGGAGUUUCUCACUGCUAGUCAGAGGUGGUAUAUAUUGUAUGAUGGCUGCAGAUGAUCAUUUUGGGCUGCUUUGUCUGGGUGGGAUUCCUGUCUGUUUCUAUUUUCCGCUGCCUUGGGUUUACAAGAGUGUGUGACUGUUUGUUCAAUUGUUUCGAGUUUUAUAGUAAUAUUAAUAAACAUAACAUCCAUUCUUUUCUUUCCAA